CGACAGCAGCAGCGGCAGCGGCGGCGGCAGCAGCAUGAAGGAGGCGCGGUUCAGGGACCACUUCUGGAGUACGGAUUUGACGAGCACAGUUGGCUAUGACAACAUCAUUCAACAUUUGAACGAUGGCAGGAAGAACUGCAAAGAGUUCGAAGACUUUUUGAAGGAAAGGGCAAUCAUAGAAGAAAAAUAUGGCAAAGAGCUGAUUAACUUGUCAAAGAAGAAGCCCUGUGGGCAGACAGAGCUGAACACCCUGAAGAGAUCUCUUGAUGUUUUUAAGCAACAGGUAGACAAUGUGGGGCAAAGUCACAUCCAGCUGGCACAAACCCUUCGGGAGGAAGCAAAGAAAAUGGAGGACUUCAGGGAAAAGCAAAAACUGCAUCGGAAAAAGAUAGAGCUCAUAAUGGAGGCGAUUCACAAAAACAGGAAUUUGCAGUACAAGAAGACCAUGGAGGCAAAGCGGCUCUACGAACAGCGCUGCAGGGAUAAAGACGAGGCAGAGCAGGCUGUGCACCGUAAUGCAAAUCUAGUCACGCAGAAGCAGCAGGAGAAGCUAUUCCUGAAGUUGGCUCAGACAAAGUCAGCUCUGGAAGACUCUGACAGGAGUUAUCAGCAGAAUAUUACUGCACUGGAGAAGAUCCGUGAAGAAUGGCAGAAAGAACACAUCAAAGCUUGUGAGUUCUUUGAGACUCAGGAGUGCGAACGGAUCAAUUACUUCCGCAAUGCCCUGUGGCUUCAUGCCAACCAGCUCUCUCAGGACUGUGUCCAGAAUGACGAGAAAUAUGAGGACAUCCGCAAGAGUUUAGAAAUGUGCAGCAUUGAGAAGGAUAUUGAAUUUUUUGUAAAUUCACGCAAAACUGGAAGUUUGGCCCCAGCUCCUGUUCUUUAUGAAAACUAUUAUAAUGCACAGAGAAAUGCAACACCUGCGAGAAGUCAGGCUCCUGUGCCUAUAUCAAGGAGGGGACCUUUACCCACCCCGACCAGUGGGCCAGAUGAUCCUGAUUAUGUUACAGUCGAUGGCUACAGCUUGAUACAUCAUUAAUAGCCACAGUUCUCCGGGCAGUACUUCUGAGCAGAAGACAUUGUCCGUCUGACCAGCGUGGCAGAGGUGGUGUUUUUAGUUAAUCCCAGUAACACAGAACUGAAGUGCUUCUCUGUUUUAAGAAAGUAAUUGAGGACUCUGAUAAUUAUUUGUACAUUCAGAAAGUGGCUACUAAAAAUCUGUUCCUGUCAUCAGCAAAUUCUGUCGACAGACAUCUCAUCUUCACACUCAGGGAAUGAAAAAGAAUAUAAGCACUGGACCUGGACGCAAAGGGAUCUUCUGUGUCAGCAGAAGUAUUGAUUUGAAGUUCUUUUAAUGUGCAGUCAUCUGGAAGAGUCUGGAGCCUUUUACUGUCUGGAUAACCGAGAAGUCACAUGUGCCAAGAGGAGCUCUGCGUGAUGCUUUGGGCACGCUGGUUUGUGUUCAGAGCAUACUUAUCCCACUCAGAUCGAAGGUUAUUCAAAGCUGAGGUUGCACUUUGGCCUGUUUCUAAAGUUUGUCAUUAAUGGUGAUUAAGUUUGUAAUCUGGACUUAAUUUUAGUAAUGUCUCUCAGGGAGCUUAUUUAGAGCAGCACCAAAGGUUACAACUCUAGACAGGGGUCUGGCUUUGCUGUACAUGUGCUCCAGGCUUAGGCACUGAUACUGAAAGUUGAUUUGUAUCUUGCCUGGUGUAGCAGCCCUCAGCACAGCCACCUAGGGAGAGACU